UAUUCUUUGAUGAUUGGGCAGCGGCAAACUUCAAAGUAAUAAAUCUUAUUUCUGACUGGCUGGCGGCCCACCAAAGUCCUUAUCAAAUUCUAAGAAGUGAUCCCUCACUGCUCAGAUGGUCCAAGGAUAUCUGGCAGAGAGGAGGCUCCGAGACGCGACGAGACCGCACGUUUUACAGCGAAUGAGCGCUUUUUACUGAAUUUUCACCUUUUAUUCGCUUUUCUCCGAGCGGAAGGAAGGAGGAGGAGGACCAUGGCAGCGGUGGCGGUUCUCCGGAAUGAAACUCUCCAAGCGUUUCUCCAGGACCGCACUCCCAACUCUUCUCCUGAGAAUUGCAAGCACUCCCCACUGGCUCUCCUCGCGGCAACUUGUAACCGGAUAGGACACCACCACGGUUCAAACCCCGCUGACUUCCUCCAGGUCCCGUAUGAGCCCACACUCGGGUCUCCUUCGCGCCUGUUUCACCCGUGGACUAACGAGGGCGCACCAGCUGCGCCUAACUCUACUUUUGGACUACCCUCCAAACCACAGUUAUCCACGCACAUCCAGAGCUCUUUCAGCGCGCCACACGAACUGCCUCUCACGCCCCCGGCGGACCCCUCGUACCCCUAUGACUUUUCCCCGGUCAAGAUGCUGCCCUGCUCCAUGCAGUCCAGCUGCCCUCCGCCCACAUACGUCCCAGCUGUUAGUUACGCGCCCACUCCUAUUGCCCCCGCGAUGCCGAGUUUCGUCCAACAGCAAAGACAGUUGUCCCCAAACCCGGGCGAGGACAUCCCGUGGUGGAGCUUGCAACAGAGCAACCACGUGGGUCACUCGUCCUCUCUUGGUCCACACCGCUUUCAGCUGCAGAGAGGCUUGGUUUUGGGACAUACGGACUUUGCACAAUAUCAGACUCAAAUCGCUGCACUUCUGCAUACUAAGUCUCCUCUUGCUACGGCCAGGAGGUGCCGGAGGUGCCGCUGUCCCAACUGUCAGGCGUCCACGUCCAGCGACGAGCCCGGCAAGAAGAAACAGCACAUAUGCCACAUCCCAGGCUGCGGGAAAGUUUACGGGAAGACGUCGCAUCUGAAAGCGCACCUGCGGUGGCACUCUGGGGAGCGGCCGUUUGUGUGCAACUGGCUUUUCUGUGGCAAAAGCUUCACGCGCUCAGACGAGCUGCAGAGACACCUGAGGACUCACACGGGCGAGAAGCGCUUCGUGUGUCCGGACUGUUGUAAGCGCUUCAUGCGCAGUGACCAUUUGGCCAAACACGUCAAAACGCAUCAGAACAAGAAGAACAAAUGCCACGACAAGACACUGGAGCACGUGAAAAGGGAAGACCCGCGGAGUUUGCUGUAGCACAUUUACCCCUGGCGCUGCACGGGCAGUGCUUCUCAAACUGUGGGCCUGUACCCAAAGCGGGCCAUAGUGUUCAAAAAUCAACAAGCACUUUUGGUUUGUUUGUGUUCAUUUAAUGAAAAUAGUAAUGUCACUGUUAAGACAAACGAUGUGCAUAAAGUACCAUAUAAACAGGUGUAUUCUUCAGAGAAGUUUAUGUUAUGGGCAUUGGGACAUUCGGUAGUUUUGAAUUACUUUGGAAAAACAUCAAAGUUAGCUGAGCCCUGCUCUGAGACAGUCCACAGGUACAUGUCUGUUUCUUUUUAAAUGAACUCUUGUGACAGUAGUUGAACAUCUCUGUAGCACAGUGUAAAUAUAUGAAGUCAUAGCUGGUUCAUUCAGGACCAGGGGUCUGUUUGAAAGCCACUGUCUAUACCAUAUCACAAGACAAGUGUUGCACUUGUGUUUGGAUCCUAAUGUCUUCGGUGGAAGAUUCUCUCCCCUGUAAAUGAGAUUUAAUAGCUUUUGUUGAAUGAAAGUGUCAGUUUUGCUCCUUUUGGGGUGUUUUUAAGCAUGCUCUCGCAAAGAUCUGCUAUUGUUGAUAAGACCCAAAUACUGUGUGAGAAUAAAGAUUAUACAUUUUACUCUUGAGAAGUCAUUGAACCCCCUCUCCUGAUGUAUUUACUUUGUAUUACAGGCCUCAGUGUGUUUCUGGCUUUCAAAAAAAAGUUAUUUUCUUGUAGGCUAUUGUAAUUAGGCCAUGUUGGCUUAAGUGAAAAAAUGCCUAGUGCUGAAUGGCACAGUUUUGUGGCUUCAUAGACAAAACAAAAAUGUUUACAUUUACAGAGGAAUAGGCUGCAAUUUCAAAUGUUUACUUAACACUGAAUACUUUUACUAUCAACUGGCAGCAGCCAAUGCAGACUAAAGAAACUGUCCGUCAGUGUGAUUGUUCGCUGAUGCCUGCAUAUCAAAUUUCUUAAUGUCCUGUAUUUUCAACAGAAAGGCCAGAAUAAAAAUGGGGGUUUUAUCC